GCCCACCGGUCACCUCACAGCUCAGUUGCAGUGAGUGGAGCAGAGCCGCGCGCACGCAGAGAUCACCAGCCGUUGCUUGUUAUUAACGUUAAUAACGUUAUCUCUCGCGUCACUCAAGUCCCCAACAUCGACUGCUGCCGCUGCGCAGGAGGAGGACAGGACUGCGGUCCAGGUGCACCGCUGUGAUUGAGAGACAGUGAAGUUUUAACGCUACGGAGAAGAAAAGAGAUGAACCCCCAGCUAACGGACGGCGCCCUGAUUUGUCGACAAGUGUUUAUCUGUUAAACGAAGCUCGCCGACGGCUUUUUAUCGGUGAUGGGAUUCCUUCAGGAGCGACCUGCCGCCUAACGUUAACCACCUUUAAGGUAUUCUUGUGAAAACAGUAGGCAACUGGAUAAAGAACAUCUCUUCAAAAAUCAGGAUGGACACUAAAACUGUCACGUUUUGCAAAUUUUUGAUGCCUAUUCUGAGAACUCGCUAACUUUUGGGAGAUAAACUGUUAUAGUAAGAAGAUUUUAUCACACAGCUUUGGUUUUUGACGUGCCGGCGUUUCAGGAAACGUAAUGGAGACAGAGGAGAAGGAUGAUGUGUCACAAAAACCCACAGCUAAAAAAAAGGCAGAGCCAAAGGAAGAUGUGAAUUCUGGCCACAUCUGUGGGGUGUGUGGCCGCAGCUUUCCUCUUCUCAGCUCUCUGUCACAGCACAUGAGAAGACACACACGGGAGAAGCCGUACAAGUGUCCGUACUGUGAGCACAGGACGGCUCAGAAGGGCAGUCUGAAGGCUCACAUUCGAAGCCAUAAACUGGGUCUAUUCAGCCAUAACCUCAGUGACAAGGAGGGGAAUGGAAAUCAAGAGCAGAAAGAUAACGCAGAGACACCUGACCCUCCGGAAAUCGUCAACACAUCUGACAAAGCUCAUAGUGUCAACGGGAAAGUGAAGAAGAAAGGAAACAAGAAAAAAGUAAAGGGUAAAGACUCUGAGGUCGGUGACGGAGCUGAUGAUGGGCCCUGUACCUGCAGCAUCUGUGGCCAGGUUUUCCCUCAGGUACUACGCCUUAAGUCCCACAUGAAAAAGCACCGAAGCCCCCAGGAUCACGGUUGCCGGAUUUGUGGACGUCGUUUCCGCCAGGCAUGGUUCCUCCAAAGUCAUAUGCGGAUUCACAGGGUGAAAGCCCAGCUAAGAGGUGGCAAAAGCAAUGAGCCGCCUGCCACAAUCAAUGGAGUUCCUCAGGACCCAACAUCGCUGACAAAUGAAGAGUGCCUCUAUGAGCUCUGUGCCGGCUGUGGUAACUUCUUCUAUGACCGUAAGGCAUUGCGAAUGCAUGAAAAGCUACACAAACCGAACCACAGCCGCACUCAGACACAAAAUCCACCACAGGAAGACACUGGCACCUCGCAGUUGGACAUUACUAAGAGGUGUUUUUUGGAAAGCCUGAACCUCACAUGUGCUGGACCGAGGGAGGCUUCUGAGGAAAAUCGCCUGGGCAGGCGAAUCUCAGAGCUGGAUCCAGUUUGUAGUUACCAAGCCUGGCAGUUGGCCACAAGGGGACGACUAGUGGAGGCCGCAGAGAAAUGUCUGGGAUGGGAGGAGAGGCUGGCAGAUGCCGAGGUAGCAUAUGACACAGAGAAGGGCGAGUAUGUACCCCUGAAGCAGGAGAAGAAGAGGAAGCAAAUCGACACCUCCAGCUCCAACAUUAAGAAGAUGAAGGGUGAUACAAGCCUCGAUCACACAUCCAACAGCUUGGCUCACACUAAAGGUGGUGACAAGAGGAUUUCCCAGAAAGACCGUAUUCUGUUGAACGGACUUGGUCAUGCGUUUUAUGAGGCGCUGCAGAUUAAGAAAGUCAAAGAUGUCCGCCUGACACCUAAACAGACCAACAGCACCAGGGGCCCAGACCAGGAGGAUAAAAAGACGUACUUCUGUGAGCACUGUGAUUUCCACACUGUCGAUGCCUCACUACUCAGGUCACACCUGCACAGGCAGCACCAGGACUUCCUGAGUCCCUACAGCAAACACAGCACUGUGUUGAACAACAUUAACCAGAGUGGUUCCAAAGCCUCAAGAUACAUGGACUACCUCAGAAACAGGAGUGCGCUGCUCAGUCAGCCAUACUGGAAUCCUUACACGUGUCCGCUCGGCCAGGGGUCAGCAGAGUCCUGCAUUAAAACAGAAAAGCCAAAUGGUGCUGAGAUCAAAGGACAAGGACAUACUACUAAUGAUGCUGGAAGUCUCCUUAAUUUGUCUUCAUUACCCAUAAAUGAAGGAGACGGCACUGUAAAUGAGCCCAUAAAGACAGAGGGCCUGGUGAGACAUCAGUGCCCAUACUGCUCCCACACCACUAACUAUCCAGAAGUACUGUGGAUCCAUCAGCGAGUUGCACACAGGGUGGACAGCAGCAGUUCCAUGGCACCCAAGUGGGCACCCUGCACCAACAGCCUCAAGAGUUUAAAGGCAGGUGCUACCCAGUGGCGACGCACAGGGCCUCCACCAUUCCUCGAGGGCAAGGACUGCCCUGCUUUACCUGCUCCAAGAACUCAGCGCACACAGCCUCCAGGUUUGACAACCCACAGCAGCAGCAGCAGCAGCAGCGGCAACAAGCACUCAGCCCCCAAGAGCCAAUCAGGCACCCCAAAGUCCAAGCAUCCGGCUAAGGACUCACGCUCCUCAGAUGGGACACAGUCUAGUGGGAGGAUGGGACUCCUACCUCAGAAGAAGUCUGGUGAGCAUAACCGGGCAGAGAAAGCAGGAAGUAAAAGCUCCAGCACCCAAGCUACUUCAUCAAGCAGUAUUGUGCACAACAAGAGUGCCCCGAGUUUCCAGCCUACAAGCAGCCCGAAACACAGAGGCCACAGAGCUGCGGUGGAAGGAAACUUCCCACAGGAGGGUUUGGGUUUCAUGUUGGCCAGAAAUCAUGGCGGGACUUCAUCUAACGCUUCUGCAGAUAGACCCCAUUCCCGCAGGCACUCAUGUGACUCCUCCUCAGGUCCCAAGGGUCCUGAUCUGUGGGCUGCCAUGAACAUGUGGGGUCACAAAGCAUAUUUAGAACCCCUCCGCUAUGCUCAGGUAAAGAAUGACUCAACAGGAGAAAUGCCAAUGGACACUGAUAUUUUGAGUCUCCUAAAAAACUACACUCCCCUCGAUCUGGCUGCUCAUUACCAGCAAUGGAGGUUCGUUGAUCCGAGGAUUGAUCCACAAGCAAUGUUGCAGUUAAUUGGAAAUUUUGGAAAAGAAGUCCACUCCACCUCUGAAGCUUCCAAACAAGUGAACAGCCACUCCACUUCCUCCUCAGGGUCUCUCCAUGAAGGAACGUGAAGAUACACUGUGUUCCUGCUGGCUUCCAGCCAGCACGACACUGCUGAACAAAUCGGCCUGCUGUUCUUUAAAGGAACCAGCCAUAACUCCUAAAAGACAGAGGCACUGGAUAAUGCACAAUACAUGCAAAGCAACAAGGAGGACUGUUAUUAUUUUGUAAUAUGGUUGUUUAAUUUGAAGUGUUACGCAUGCUUUUGUUUGUGUAGAUGUUAAUUACCAUAACACACACGGAGAUAUUGUUCUAUGGAAAUGAGGUAUGAACUGUUGUAGUUUAUUGUGAACACAAACACUUAGGGGGGAAACGAAAUGUGAAGCUACGUUUGCAAAAGGAUAAAGAGGACAUAUUGGCUAAAGGCCCACAGAUAUCUGCUGGGUUUGAGUGAAAACAUUUAAAAAACAUCAAAUGUUAAAAAUCAGGAUGCCACGAGAAAUGUUCUGAAGUACUUCAAAAGCUGUAAAGUCUGACCUGAAGAUUAUACAUCACUUUUACCUCUCUCUAUGUAGGUGUCAGUUUGUUGUUUUUUUAUGGAGCCUACGAGCUUGUAAAUCAUCCUUUUUUGGUUUUUGGUUUAGAGUUAGCAUUUGAUUGUCUCAACAUUCAGAAUGUGCAGCAGGGCACUGGAAUAUAAAUUGCAGCUCAUUGUCACCGUUCAGGUUAAUGUCCACAUUCACAUAAUUAUUCAAAUCUGGAUAUGAAAGUUGACACUUGUCAUCCAUCACCACGCUAUGACAAGUAUAAUGCUGGUAAAAUCUUAAGUGUCAAAGUCAAGCAAAGGUUGACAUUCACAGUUUUAACUAAAACUUAACAAAGUCAUGAUCUCACUGUGAGGCACUAUGGGGUGGUUUAAUUACAGCUAAAUCGGGAUUUAGCAGUAUAAGCUCAUAACCCCACGCAUAUAAAAGGGAUAGUACAGAUUUUUUUGAAGUGGGGUUGUAAGAGGUACUUUUCUAUAGUCAGUGUAUUACCUACAGUAGAUGACGGUUGG